AUGUUUUUAGCCAAGAAUGCCAAGGGUGCUGACCAGAUGGGUGCACAACUACGAGGACGAGAGGUUCGAAAAGAAUAUCUGGCUAGAGUAGUUGGCGAGUUCCCUCUAGGUGAAAUCACCUGUAAUGAACCCCUGCUAACAGUGGAUCCCAAAGUUGCCUUAAACAUGGUGGUAAAAGACGGCACUGGCAAAGAAGCUACAACUAUAUUUAACAGAAUUAGCUACGAUGGUCAAACGAGUAUUGUACGAUGCCGUCCUUUGACUGGCCGAACUCACCAGAUCAGAGUUCAUCUCCAGUAUCUGGGACAUCCUAUUGCCAACGAUCCAUUAUAUUCGAAUGUAAAUGUUUGGGGACCGGAUCUCGGUAAAUCAGGUUCUGGUGACCCACUGGUAAUUGCUGCAAAACUAAAUGAAAUUGGUAAAACCACUGUUGCUGAGACAUAUAUCCAUCCAAAGAAUCAAUCCAAUGGCGAAGGUGAAAUGCUCACUGGUGAGAAUUGCUCAGUCUGUGCUACUGCCCUCUACACAGACCCAGGUCCUAACGAUCUUGAUCUUUGGUUGCAUGCCCUUAAAUACUACUCUAUCGAUGAAAGCAAUCCAUGGAGUUACGAAACUCCUAUUCCCUAUUGGGUCAAUGAGGUUCAUUUGCCAUUCAUGAAAAUGGCACUUGAAGAGGCCAAGAAAUGCGAACCUACAGAAACUGCGUUUUCUGUUGGUGCGGUGCUUGUCAAGGAUGGAAAAGUCCUUGAAACUGGCUACUCCCGCGAGCUUCCUGGAAAUACGCAUGCUGAACAAUGUGCACUCGAAAAAUACUAUGCUAAGCACGGAACGACUGAUGUACCUGCAGGAACAGUUAUCUACACAACUAUGGAACCUUGUUCUGAGCGUCUCAGUGGGAACCUUCCUUGCGUGGACCGUAUUUUGAAGACGUCCAUCAAGACCGUAUUUGUUGGUGUAGUAGAACCUGACACGUUUGUCAAGAAAAACACAGGCUUAGCCAAACUGACUGAGAAGAAAAUCGAGUACAUUCCUAUCACUGGUAUCGAAGAGGAGGCCAUCAAGGCUGCCACGAAGGGUCACCCUCCCGUUCCAACUGCAUAA